UCCCGGCCGAUUUUGGUUCACAGACGUCUGUAUCUAUCUUGUAGUCUUGUCGAGGAGUGCAAUCGAGAUAGUCAAUAACUUGAGCGGCAGCGGCCGGCAACAAAUGAAAAGUUUAUCCAGAGCAUCUCGUGUGCACGUAGUUGAUCAUCCUCCUCGAUCGACUUCCGGCGUCACGACGGCCGGCUAUUGCGAUCAUUUGAUUUACUCCACCGCAGGAUAAGCACCGAUCGACCGAAGCCAAUUUGGUCAGGAAGCGUGCAGGGGCAGCACCGAGAAUCAAUGGCGAGGAGGAGGCCGCACGUCGUGGUGGUGCCGUACCCUAGCUCCGGCAACAUCAACCCGGCGCUGCAGAUCGCCAAGCUGCUACACCGCCACGGCGCCUACGUCACCUUCGUCAACACCGAGUACAACCACCGCCGCGUCCAGGCCACCGAGGGCGCCGACGCCGUGCGCGGCCGCGAGGGGUUCCGCUUCGAGGCCAUCCCGGACGGCCUGCGCGACGACGACCGCGGCAAGCAAGACUACGGGCGCGGCCUGUCCGUGUCCACGAGCACGCGCUGCGCCGCGCCGCUCAGGGACCUCAUCGCGCGGCUCAACGGAGAACCCGGCGUGCCGCCUGUCACGUGCGUGCUGCCCACGGCGCUGAUGAGCUUCGCGCUGGGCGUGGCGCGGGAGCUCGGGAUCCCGACCAUGAUUUUCUGGGGCGGCAGCGCGGCGUCGCUGAUGGCGCAGAUGAGGAUCCGGGAGCUCGUGGAGAGAGGCUACUUGCCACUCAAAGAUGAGAGCUUGUUGACGAAUGGCUACCUCGAGACGACGGUCAUCGACUGGAUCCCCGGCAUGCCGCCGAUCAGCCUCGGCGACAUCUCGAGCUUCAUCCGCACCACCGACCCGAACGAUUUCGGCCUCCGGUUCAACGAGUCGGAGGCCAACAACUGCACCAAGGCCGGCGCCCUCAUCCUCAACACCUUCGACGGCCUCGAGGCCGACGUCCUCGCCGCGCUCCGCACCGAGUACCGGCACAUCUACACCAUCGGACCUCUGGGCUCCCUCCUCCGCCACGGCCACCUCAACAGCGCCGCCGACUCUGAGUCCACCGCGAUCGGGCUGAGCCUGUGGAAGCAGGACGCCAAUUGCCUCGCGUGGCUGGACACGCAGGAACAUGGCUCCGUCGUGUACGUCAACUUCGGCAGCCACACGGUGCUGACGUCGGAGCAGCUGGCCGAGUUUGCGUGGGGUCUCGCGGCCAGCGGCCACCCGUUCCUCUGGUCCAUAAGGGACAACCUCGUCCCCGGCGGCGGCCUGGCCGCGCUGCCCCCGACCUUCGCUGCCGAGACGGCGGGGCGAUGCCGCCUGACCACAUGGUGCCCGCAGGAGCAGGUGCUGCGCCACCCGGCCGUGGGCUGCUUCCUGACGCACAACGGGUGGAACUCGACGUGCGAGAGCGUGGCCGCCGGCGUGCCGAUGGUGUGCUGGCCGGGGUUCGCGGACCAGUGCACCAACUGCAAGUACGCCUGCGAGGUCUGGGGCGUCGGUGUCCGGCUGGACGCGGAGGUGAGGAGGGAGCAGGUCGCCAUGCACGUCAGGGAGGCGAUGGGGAGCGAGGAGAUGCUGGCCAGCGCGGCAAGGUGGAAGACGGAGGCGGAGGCGGCAUCCUGCCCCGGCGGGUCGUCCCAUGAGAACCUGCUGGGCAUGGUGAGAGCGCUCAGCAGCUCACCCAACUCCGAGACCUGAAGAGUUUAGUUGCCUGAUCCGUUUACUCUUGGACCGAAAAGUAAAGCAAGAUGUGUUGUGCGCGGAUAAGCCAUUCCUUUUCAAUAAUGUAUCGGAUUUGCUAAUUUUUAGUCGCGUGAGAAUUGGCAAUCUGAUUUUGCACAUA